AUGUCCUCCCCAAUCUCCAAAUCAUUGAAACGUCCAUCUCAAGAAUCUGCUUUCAAUCCAAAUGCAAAACAAAUCAAAUUAUCGAAAGAAGAAUCGGAUAAUAUUUUUGCAAUUGCAAUGAGUGGAAAUUCCAAAUCAACUGGAGCUGCAAUGAAAAUCGAUUAUUCGAAAUAUAAGGUAAGUUCUUUUAGAAAAUCUUUUUUUUUGAAACAAAAUUUAAAUUUUUUCUAAUUUCAGAUUUCGAAAAAGACACCAACACCUUCCCAAUCAAUCCCGACCCGAAGUCCAAUUUCGGAUUCUUCACCUUCGACUUCAACUUCAGUUAGCCCAAAUUCGAUUCAAACUGCAAAAGUUGAUGAAAAUAUGGUUACAAGAAGAAAUGAACGACAAAAAGUGUUUGCUGGAAGAAGAAAACAACAAGUUUUGGCUGAAAAUUCAAGCAAAAUCAAUAUUCGAGAUGGAAAUAUCAAUGCUCAAACUUCCUAUGAAGAAUUGAAGCCUGAAUUGAUCAAACUGAAUUUGGAGGAUUUGCGAAAAGUUCUGUAUAAAAAUCCACAUUUGGCAAAGGAUUCUGAUGAAUUAUUCUUCAAUUUUAUCAAGAAAGACUUCCCGAAACAAGCGAAUCAGGAAAAUAAAAAGGAUUUGACAUGGAGACAAUUAUUGGAGAAGUAAGUUUCUCUACCUAUUUUUCUUUAAAAAAAUAUAAUUGAAUUUUUUGCAGACUUUCAAUUCGUAAAAAGCAAAAGGAAAAUGAGAAAUUGGAAAUGUUGACUAAAAGAAUUGCCAAAACUCAUCAACAAAAUGACAAAGAGCAAAGAAAGACUGUAAGUUUUUUUUGAAAAAUCUUCCAAAUUCAAAAAUAUAAUACCUUUUUUGUAGAUUGUUAUCGGUUUUUCUGAGGCGAAACCUCGUCGUGGUCCAACUAAAAUUGUUCCAAACCCAACAAAAGCUCCAACAAUGGAACAAAAAUCGGAGGCUCGCAGUUCUGCCAAACCUCAACCGAAACCAGCUCCAGCUCCAGUUCCAACUCAACCAUCUGCUCCAAUUGCUCGCCAAACUUCAAAUUCCAAAAAACCUGCCAAAAAGGCUCCACUUAUGGCAAAAGUUAUCAGAAUGCUCAAAAGAUAA